AGCACCUGAGAGAGUAGAACAACACCCAAACGCAAAGACUUGGAAUCAUUCCGGUGAUCAAAAGCAAAAGAAACCAAGGUAACAGAAACAUGAUUAUGUAUACGCUCUUAAAUUCAUAUCUCUUCCCGAAAUCUGGGUGCAUGCUGAUGAUGCAAGAAUUUUCUUUUCGAUGAACCGGAAUUUUGAACCGGAAUUUUUAUUUAUUUGAUUCUAUUCAAACCAAUCAAGGUUGUUUUUGGUGUUUUCUUUAGUUAUGGGUCUUUGUUUUCUGGAUACAUAUGUAACGUUCUAGCAAUUUUGGGUUAGACUGAGACCAGUUAUGAAGUUCAGGUAAAAAUGCAUGCAUCAAUUGGUGAAGCUGGAGUGUUUGCCCAAUUAUCCUAACUGGGGCACAGGUGCAUUUUGUGUAGGUUUUGAUUAGAAGCAUUUGGAGUGGUGUUUUGAUAUGUCUCAGUCCAAGAAUGGUGGUAAUAAGCCCGGGGGGAGCCGAAGCCUUCCUUCUUGGAUGAGUUCAAGAGACAAUCAGAGUGAUAAAAAGCAGAAAGGGGAUGGUGAAGGUGAGGGUCAGAACCCCAGGCAAGGGAGAGGCCGCACAAGCGGCAAGAAUUCCGGUGAAUCCAGCUCAGGAACAACAAACGUGUCCAAGCUUAUGGAAGGGGUUGUGUUUGUAUUAUCUGGGUUUGUUAAUCCAGAGCGCAGCAUUUUGCGGUCCCAGGCGUUGGAAAUGGGAGCAGAAUAUCAGCAGGAUUGGACUUCAGAUUGCACUCUCUUGGUUUGUGCAUUUUCAAGCACUCCCAAGUUUCGACAAGUUGAGGCAGAUUGUGGAACUAUUGUUUCAAAGGAAUGGAUAUCAGAGUGUUACACACAGAAGAAGCUUGUUGUUAUAGAAAGUUACCUUAUGCAUGCUGGGAAGCCCUGGCGUAAAAGCGGUAUUUCCCAGAACAACAUACAAGACCAAACAUUAUCCCGGCCUAGUAGAUCUAAAAAGGAAGAUGGGGAUUCUCCUACAAAACAAACUGCCUCUCCAACUUCAAAGCAUGUCAAAGCUGCUGACUCUGUUAGAGAGCACUUUUCACCAUCCAAAGCGAAGAAGUGGGCAGUUAAUGAUUUGAAGAAGACAAUAUCAUGGCUGGAGAGUCAAGAAGAAAAGCCAGAUCCAGAUGAGAUAGAGCAAAUAGCAGCUGAAGGGAUUUUAACUUGUUUACAAGAUGCUAUAGCUUCUCUGGAACAAAAACAGGAUAUCCAGCAAAUAACUGAACAAUGGAAUUUCAUUCCUCGUGUAGUUGAAGAGCUUGCAAAGCUUGAAAGCGCGGGAAAGAACUCUGGCGCCAUACCAGCGGAAGAUCUUUGCAGACUGGCUAAGGAUUGUAAACGAAUUUAUGAGGUGGAACUUCGUAAUUUGGAUGAUGAAUCUUCAAGAAAGAAAAAACGAAAGACUGAAAGACAAGAGCAGGACAGAGGGGAAACUGGAGCCUUAUGCAGUGAUGCAGCAGGAUAUGACAGUGAUGAAACACUUGUGAUGACGGAAGAGGAAAUAGACGUUGCAUAUAAUACUGUAGCUUCCUAGAUCUGUAAUUAAGAGUGAUCUCUAUCUCAUGUACAUGUCUGGAUGAUUGACCAUAAUAUAUUUCUUUCAGCACCAUCGUAGUGGACAUGGAUAGCUCUUGGGAGAAUGUCCAUUAAAAAUAUUUUAGAUAUUGAAUCUAUUAACAACCAAUAAUGUCUGGAA